UGCCGGGGGGAAUUUUCCUCCCGCUGUUGGUACAGAAAACUAAGUUUCCAUGGUCUUCGCUGCUUUGUCCCCCAAAUUUCCGGGGGAAACAUUAUUGGGGAAGGAUGGCUGAUGUGUUCAGAAGACUCCAAGUCCUUCAAGACAUUUCCGGCAAGAAAACCCAUUGAUCGUCAAACGUUCAGUCUGAUUUCUGACCCAUGGCACCAAGGAUGGAAAUCACAGACAGGGAAGAAACAAUAGUACUUUCCAAGGAAAAGAAGGUGACCGGUACUCUUCUCUGGAUCGUGAUUGUCGCUUGUCUUGGAUCCAUGCAGUACGGUUACCACCUUUGGAUCAUCUACUCCCCGGCCGUGAUCAUCCAUCAUUUCCAUUAUUUGGAUGAUGAAGCAUUGGAGAUCGGCAACGUGGACAGCCCAGGUUUCCUGUUAAUGAUAGCGCUCACCAUGAGCGUGUUCCCAGUUGGAGGCACAACGGGCUCGCUCGUUUUCGGACCGUUAGUGGAUAAGUAUGGCAGGAAAGGUGCCUUGUUUCUGAACAGCUUCUUCGCUGUAAUUUCCUGUUUGAUCAUGGUUUGCGCCAAUAUGCUGCAUUCGUUUGGAUUAGUUAUGUUUGCGCGUUUUGUCAUUGGAAUAAGCAUAGGCAUCUACUCCAGCGCGACUCCAUUGUACAUCGCCGAGAUCUCCCCAGUGAAGUCAAGGGGCGCCAUGAGCAUGUUACCCUACUUCUUCAUAGCCUUAGGACUCGUGGUGGCUCAGAUCCUGUCUUUUCGUGAACUGCUGGGGACUCAUGGAGGUUGGCCCGUGCUCAUGAGCCUCUCUGGGAUUCUGGCCUUAUUUCAGUGCUUCCUAAUGACUUCUUUCCCCGAAAGCCCCAGAUACUUGCUGAUUCAGAGGAGGGAUGAAGAGCAAGCAAGGAGAGUCCUGAGGCACCUGAGAGGAGUCUCUGAUGUGGAGAAUGAGAUUGAAGAGCUCCACCAGGAAGACAUCUUGGAGGCGGAGGAGAAAGACAUGAACGCCCUCAAGCUGCUCACCUAUCGGGACCUCCGGUGGCAAGUCCUCUCCAUCAUUGUCUUGAUGGUCGCACAACAGUUCUCGGGCGUCAACUCGGCAUACUAUUAUGCAUCAAAAAUCUACGCGAGUAUGGGGAUAUCACUCAACUAUAUACCGUACAUCAACUUAUCUUCAUCCACUGUGAUCAUGGGUACAAUCUUGUUUACGAUGCUUUUCAUUGACUCGAAGGGCCGGAGGGUGCUGCUCCUGAUCGGUUUCGGUGCCAUCAGCAUAAUCUCUCUUCUGUUAACCAUUAGUAUCGAGAUCCAGAAAAAGAACGGCAACACAUGGAUGCUCUAUACCAACAUCGCUCUCGUCAACCUUUUCAUCAAUGCGCAGGUUAUAGGGCCAGGCUCCCUUCGGUACUUAUUGAUGGCUGAACUCUUCCGGCAGUCGUCCCGAUCCUCGGCGUACGUCGUAGGCGGAUUCACACAUUGGAUUAUACACUUUUUCGGCAUUUUAAUAUACGUGCAGAUAAAGCAAUACAUCGGACCCUACACCUUCCUCGUGUCCCUCCCUUUCUGCGUAGCCGCUUUUUUGUAUAUCUACAAGGUGAUCCCGGAAACCAAAAACAGGACUUUUAUGGAAAUAUAUAACCUUCUCAGUGAGGAAAAGAAGGCCGCAUUCGAUGUGGAGCCCGACGAGUAGAAACUGGGAGGGUUUUUUUAUGGAGAUGGGAUGACUCUUUAUUUGAUUUAAUGGUUUGAUAUUAAACUAAU